GGAAGUGCGGCGCGGCGGACUCGUCAGCUAGUUCCAGUAAACUACUAUGUGGUCCCUUACCCCAGCAGUGGGUGUCUCUGCGUUGGCGUAGAGUGCAGACAGACGGGCAGGCCAUGGCUCUCAUCGAGGGCGUUGGAGACGAGGUCACCCUGCUGUUGGGGGUGCUCCUCCUCCUGCUAGUUCUCCUUCUGGCCUGGGCCUCCACUCACACCAGUGAGCCGUCAGACCAGCUCUUCAACCCGCCCCCUGCUCCCGACCCCGCCUCCUCGCUCCCCUCCACCUCUUCCUCCUCCCACCAGACCCCGCCCCCCAGCACUGGGACUGACAGCGACCGUUCAGAGCCUCUGACCCCGCCCCCGGCUCAGAGCAAACAGGGAGAGGCGGAGCCAAGUGGGGAGUUAGGGGGUGAUGUGGGAGGACAGGAAGGGGGUCAGGGAGUGUUUGGAGGAGAUGGAGUCAGACACAGGGAGGGGGCUGCCUCCUCUUCCUCCUCCUUGCUGUCUGAGAGAGGGAGGGUGGAGCCACAGAGGAACAUGGUGCUCCGCUUAAAGUUUCUCAACGACACAGAGAGGACCGCCCACGUCAAACCACAUGACACCAUCGGAUACAUCAAACGGACCUACUUUGAGGGUCAGGAGCAGCAGGUCCGCCUCAUCUACCAGGGCCAGCUGCUGCAGGACGACAGCCAAACCCUGGCGUCUCUCAACCUGACCGAUAACUGCGUUCUGCACUGCCACAUCUCCCAGCAUGCAACACGCAGCAGCCCAGCUGGCGUUCGCCCACCAGACCAGGUGCAGGUGGCACUGAACGUGGGCAGCCUGAUGGUUCCUCUCUUCAUGCUGAUGCUGUCGGUUCUGUGGUACUGCCAGAUCCAGUACCGCCAGUUCUUCACGGCCCCGGCCACCGCCUCCCUGGUUGGCGUCACCAUUUUCUUUAGCCUGGUGGCAUUCGGGGUCUACCGCCGCUAAAGCCCCUCCCAUUUUCUCUCUGAGCCACACCCCCAACGUAGCUAGGCUGCUUCCUGAUAGCCUAAACGUUUCAUAAGUUUCUGUUUGUUGAAAUGCGUGCCAUCGGGGGGCAUAAGUGAAAGGGUCUCUGUCCUCCAGUGACCUUUCACCAGUCUGCCAUAUUCUGCUGCCAGUCUGACCAAGCCGUGCCCUGCACUGGUCUGCAGACAGACUCAACUUUAACCUCUAACCUCUGACCUGUGAGCCAGCCUCCGUCUGCUGGCUGAGCUCAUCCUGUGCAGGGAGAAACCUGUAUGGGGCAGGCUUUCUCUUUUCUUCAGUUUCUUUGACUUGUGUUGUCCAUGUGAAGCGGCACAGCUGCAGAGGAGCUGUCUGUGUCUUCCUGUCUGUAGCGUUGAAUCAUGGUGCCUGCUUCUCUCUGUCGUGUGGGUACAGAAGGGACUCCAGCGUGGAACUGGUAGGGGAGGGUAGAUAUCCCCCACAUCCCCGCACAGCUAGCCUGGACCUGUCUGUUGACCUGUCUGUCUGCCUGUCUUCCUGCCUGUCUGUCGGUCUGUCUGUCUGUCUGUCUGGUCAGGGUGGAGGCUGGGAUGUGGAGGAUGAAAUCAUUGGUGUAAAAUAUGGCUUUUGAAGAAA